AUGUCUCCCAAAGAAUGGACGCAAGACCCCGCAGACAUGUUCUCCGAAGAUUACUGGGGCGCCGACAGUCCCGGUCAAGAGAUGGCGAAAGAAUACAACCUGCCUUCUCCUCGGCCGUUCCUUGGUAGCACAGCCAAGUCUCCUAAUACUGCAUUUGUAUUUGAAUCAAACGGUGCUUUUUACAUAUGGAGUGCUGUGGUGGAUACCGUGAGCCAAAUUACUGACCCCAAAGGCAAGGAGGAAAUUAUUCAGGAUAUAGUACACAAUGAUAUGAGAAACUUGAAAACGGAGCAAGUACAUCCUCCGAAAUAG